AUGCCACACAAGUCGCGCUGGUCUAUCCCGCUGCCGCAAUGUUCCUUUCCCACCUUCUUAUUCGGCUCCCCUCACAAAGACGUGGGUGAUGCGAAGGCGUACAUUGACGCUGCACGCCCGGAUGAGUUAUUCCUCACUCGCCGUGAUUUCCGUCUUUGGUCUCAGCGCCUUGCGCUGGGCUUGCUGAGGAGCCAGGCUUUCCAUCCUGGAGACCGAGUUCUGAUCUUUUCCGGCAACACGCUGGCCACGCCCGUUGCGUUCAUGGGAGUUGUUAUGGCUGGCGGGAUAUUCACGGGUGCCAACCCGACCUUUACUUCUCGGGAGCUGGCACACCAGCUGCGCGACUCUGAAGCGACGUACCUUUUCUGCUCACCGAGCUCCAUCGCUACAGGGCUGGAAGCUGCCAGACAGGCCGGCCUGGACAAGUCCAGAGUUUACCUCUUCGACGAGAGCAUUUUUCUGGAUGAGGGAAGUUCGUCUCACGCAGAAUUGGCGGGCUGUCGACAUUGGUCGGGCCUGGUAGCACCCGCCGAGGAUGCCAAAGACUUCCAGUGGGAAGAGUUAGAUGGGGACAAAUGUUCCAAGACGAUAGCUCUCAACUACUCAUCCGGCACAACGGGGGUACCGAAAGGCGUUGAAGUAUCACACUACAAUUACAUCGCCAACACUCUCCAAUACAACCAUCUCGCGACGCUAGAUCCGCAUUAUGCCCAGAAGAACGCAAGGGCAAAGUGGCUUUGCUUUUUACCUCUCUACCACGCCAUGGCGCAGACCAUAUACAUUGCCGGCAGCCUGCUCCGUGAGAUCCCGGUCUACAUCAUGGCCAAAUUUGACUUUUUGGAGAUGCUGGUAAACGUUGAACGGUUCAAAAUCACCGACCUCAGUAUCGUCCCACCAAUCGCGGUGGCCCUCUCCAAGCACCCUGCAGCCAGAAAGGCCAACUUGAGUAGCAUUGAGUCGGUCGGCUGUGGCUCUGCCCCGCUGGGCAGCGAUAUCUGUCGGGCGAUCGAGAAGCUAUGCGGCAAUCGAGUCAACAUGAAACAAGGCUGGGGAAUGACCGAAGUGACGUGUUCACUGCUGGGCUGGGACCCCACCAAGACCUCGUCCUCGUCCGGCGUCGGGGAGCCCAAUGCAAACUGCACAGCCAAGAUCAUGAGGAUCGUGACCGAUGACAGCGGCAAUGAAGAAGAAGCCUCCUUUUCCGAGGUGACGGAGCGCGGUCCUGCACACACAGGGGAGCUCUGGUGCCGCGGCCCCAACGUCAUGAAGGGCUAUUGGCGCAACCCCACAGCAACAAACAAAACGUUCUCUGUUGCCGAUGCUGAUGGCGAGCGGUGGCUGAGGACGGGGGACAUAGCCUAUGUAGACGAAGAGGGAUGCUUCUACAUCGUCGACCGGAUCAAAGAACUCAUCAAGGUCAACGCCAACCAAGUUGCGCCCGCCGAGCUGGAGGCUCUCCUCCUCGAGCAUCCCGCGGUCGCCGACGUAGCUGUCAUCGGCAUCCCCACGGCCGACGGUGACGAGAGGCCCCGUGCUUUUGUUGUGCGACAACCUGGUGGCGCCAGAGUCACCGAACAAGACAUCUAUGAUUUUGUCAAGGAGACGGCUGUGCCGUACAAGUGGCUCAAGGGGGGUGUGGAAUGGAUCGACACCAUCCCCAAGAAUCCUUCUGGCAAGAUUCUGAGACGCCACCUUCGUGAGACAUCGAAAGUGAAGCUUGCUCCUAGUAAGCUAUAG